AUGGACAGGCGUGUGAGUGGCUCCGGGAAGGCCGUCAUUCUCGAGGGUCUUCCCGAGGAUGCCACAGAGCGUGACAUCCUCUACGGUCUCGACUAUGUCACCAGGGACCGCCAUUUUUCGACCGACCAGGUGAGGGUCGCUCGACUCCGCUACGACCAGAACGGCACGAGCAUUGCCUACGUCGAAUUUCAUCGCAGGUCGGAUGCAGAAUAUUUCCUGGACCGAUACUACCCUGACAUUACUUUCCGUCUCGAGCAUUCACGCGGCAUGGACUCGGAACCCAUUACCGUAGGCGUCAGCUCCCCAAAUGAUCGUGACGAGACGACUUCGGCCCGCGGCCCGCGCAGAGACGACGACGGCUGGGACUGCAUCAAGCCAUGUUCAUUUGCUGACAAUUCAAAGUGUGGUGUUAUCAACUACCCUCACCGCGCUGUGUGCUACAAGUGCAAGGCUGAGCGGCCUGACGACGGCGGCUAUGGCGCUUCUGGCCCCCUCCUUACUGGCGAGACAGACGAGGACCCCCAGCAGAUGCCGUCACAGUACGUCGUUGUUCGGGAUCUCGAGGGGUCCGUCACCGAAGAAGUGCUUGCCAAAGGCGUCAUGAAGCUCUUUGUCGAGAACACGGAGCCCGCAAAGGAUGCGCCAACAUCGACAAAUAAACUCAAGUCCACAGCGCCCACAAAUAGCACGGCCGGCCUUGGAGCGAAACCGGGCUCGCUCCGUCGCGUGUUCCUGAUGCGGGACCGCAGAACGAACGAGUCAUGGAGGUAUGGAUUUGCCGAGUUCGCAACCGUCGAGGACGCCAAGGCAGCGGUCGCAAAGUUCCGCGCGUCCACCAAGUUUACGAUUGCGUCCAGACCUGUCGUGGUUGCUUUCAUUCACACAGGCGUCUUCGUUCCUGCCCUCGACGCCGCCACGACAACGGAGAACCCAGAGUUCUCCUUCACCCCUAUUUACAACCCCGCAGUCCGCAUCAAGUACUGGGAUGACCGCGCCUACCCAAGCGUCCAAGUAGUUUCGCUCGACCCCGCGUCUGCCGCCGAAAGCCCAGAGAAGCCCAGCGCCUCCGAUGACGCCACCAAGGCCGCCGCGAAACCGGCGAAGAAGGCCAAGAAAGACAAGGAGCCCGCCACUGGCAAUAAGGUUGCCAUGAUGCCACAGGUGCAGCUGUGGAAGAAGGCCUCGGUGCAGUUGCACGGCGCCAAGCCAAACGAGGAUGCGGACGCGGCUGUGGACGAGCCAUCAACCCUUGAGCGACCCCGGUCGCUCAACCCGACCGCCACCACCGCCAGCAGCCACGACGCCGAGGAGAUGCACCCGGAUGGGCCGGUAAACCCCCAAUUUGGGGACCAGUACCUUUCGUACGCUGACUGGGACACGAUGAUUUGUCUCGUCUGCAACUGGAAGCCGCCCACCGAGGAAGAGAUCAAGGAGCGCGGCUGGCCCCAAAGCCGAGGCGAUCUCCUCAUUGAGCACGAGUGCCGCGACCAUGAUUUCUACAGGGACGCCGAUGCAAAGGAAAAUGCGUCUGCUGCGCUCGCCGCCCUAGGUAGGGAACCACGCACCAUUGUGCGCCGCACCCCACGGCUAAAGUCCGAGCCGCUGCCCGUCUACAAGUCGUACGCAGAUUACGAGGCCCUGCGGUGCGUCCUCUGCAAGCGCACCUUCAAGGAGGUCAGGAUGAUCUGGCUCCACGAGCAGCAGAGCGAGCUGCACAAGCGUAUGCUGGCCGACCCAGAAAACCGCAAGCGUGCCGUGGAAGAAUUCAAAGCCAUGGGCAAGAAGAUGUACCUGGUCGAACCUGAUCCCGAGUUUAAGAAGAUGUGGGAACUGCAGCGCCAGGUCGUGGUCAAGCCGCAGGGCCAACAGUAUCGCGACCGGGCGCGCGAGCGGAGGCAGGCUUUUGGCCAGCCCAAGCAGGCCGCUGCUGCUGUUGUUGGUGUUGCGGCCAAGAUACCCGAGAAGCGUAAGGAGCUUGGGGGUGCGGCGGAGGCGGAGAACAGCGAGGGAGACGGCCCCUCUCAAAAGAAAGUCAAGUCGUCAAAGGGCGCCGGCAUGCUCGCGAAGAUGGGCUGGACCGCAGGGGCCGGGCUCGGUGCUGAGGGCGCGGGACGCACCGAGGCCAUCGCCGCCGAGGUCUACGUCCCCGGUGUCGGGCUGGGCGCCGAGGGCGGCAAGCUGGGUGACGCGAGCGAGGAGGCGGCGAGGAAUACCCGGGGCGGGUUCAGCGGGUUUGUGGAGAAGACUCGUGAACGGGCCAGAGAGAGGUUUGAGAAGAUGGAGUAG